AUGCUUGAAGGUAAAUUUGACGAAGCCAGUCUUCUUAAAAAAAUCGUGGACUCCAUCAAGGACUGCGUGAAGUUGUGCAACUUCAACUGCACAGAACAUGGCAUCACCGUCCAAGCCGUGGACGACUCGAGAGUCUUGUUGGUUUCGUUAUUGGUUGGUCUGUCGGCGUUUUCCGAAUACAGAUGUGACCGUGACAUCACGUUGGGUAUCGACUUGGACUCGUUUUCCAAGAUCAUCAAGUGCGGCAACAACGAGGACUACUUGACGUUGUUGGCCGAAGACUCGCCUGACAAUGUCAUGACCAUUUUCGAGGACAAGAAGAAGGAGCGUGUUUCGGAGUACUCGUUGAAGUUGAUGGACAUCGACUCGGAGUUUUUGCGAAUCGACGACAUGCAAUACGACUCGGUCAUCAACAUGCCUUCGACAGAGUUUUCCAAGAUCGUCAGAGACUUGAAGAACCUCAGCGAGUCGCUCAACAUCACAGUCACAAAGGACUCGGUCAAAUUCAGCGCCGAGGGCGAGUCCGGUACUGGUUCCGUGGUUUUGAAGCCAUACACCGACAUGGACCACCCUGAGGAGUCUGUCUCGGUCAACUUGGAGAACCCUGUGGACUUGACUUUCGGCUUGAAGUACUUGAGCGACAUCAUCAAGGCCACAGGCUUGUCGGGCACCAUCACCAUCAAAUUGGCCGACAAAACGCCUGCCUUGUUCGAGUACAAGUUGGAUGCCGGCGGAUACUUGAGAUUCUACUUGGCUCCUAAGUUCGACGAGGAUGACUGA